UGAAUAAUUAAUUGGGGCGGAAGGAAGGAAACGAGUAUAAACCCAGUGCCCCCUUCUACUGUUUCCCCUCUUCAACGCACAGUCUCACAUUUCAAGAGCUAGGGUUUCUCAAUUUUGCUGUCUCUGCCACUUCUAGCUGGUAAUAGUGAUUUCGGACACCUAGCUAAAUGCCAUCUCCAUUUCGUUUGCACCAUCGGAGUUUCGAAUUCGUAUCACUGCAUUGAUUUUGUUGAAUUGGUGUGGUUUCUGUUUGUUUGAUUUGGAUGCGUGGUUGAGAUUGAGUUGUGUGCGAAGGUUGCUUUGACUGACUUGUUAGGGCUGGUUUUGUCAUAUAGAGCUGAAUUCUGAAAUCAUAUUGGACUUGAGGAUGGAUGGAAGAGCAUGAAUGCUACUUCAGAUUUGUGUGACAUAUUUUCUAGUUUGGGUGACAAUUUGAUGUUCAACUGAUUAUACCUCACACUUAUACUUGAGGUUUGAAAGUAAGAAAUACGAUUAUUCCCAUCUGCGGUCUCAGAUGGAUGAGGGUGGGCAUCGUGAAAAUGGAAGACACAAAGCAGACCCAUAUAAAGCAGUUCAUAGUCAGUGGUUGAUGCAACAUCAGCCAACAAUGAAACAGAUAAUGGCUAUCAUGGCUGAAAGGGAUACUGCUGUUCAAGAAAGAAAUUUGGCUCUUUCUGAGAAAAAGGCAGCAGUAGCUGAGCGUGAUAUGGCUUUCCUGCAGCGAGAUACAGCAAUUGCAGAGCGGAACAAUGCCAUUAUGGAACGAGACAAUGCCAUUGCAACUCUUCAAUAUCGCGAGAACUCAUUGAAUGGUGGCAACAUGUCUCCAUGCCCACCAGGAUGCCAAAUCUCGCGUGGGGUGAAGCAUAUGCACCAUCCUCAGCCACACUUACAUCAUCCAACCCAUCUGAGUGAAGCUGCAUACAGCGCAAGGGAAAUGCAUAUUGGUGAUGCCCUCCCUGUUUCACCUGUUGCUUCUGAGGCUGCAAAAUCUCGACGGGCUAAACGACCGAAGGAGGCCAAGCCAAUGUCAUCUAAUAAGAAGGCUUCAAAACCUUUGAAGAAGCCUAAGAGAGAAGGUGAGGACUUGAACAAGAUUGUGUUUGGCAAGUCACGUGAGUGGAAGGGUGGGCAGGAUAUGAGCAGCGGAGGUGAUGACCUUAACAAACAGCUAGUUGUCUCAAAAUCUGAUUGGAAGGGUCAGGACUUAGGGCUAAACCAGGUUACAUUUGAUGAGUCAACCAUGCCAGCACCUGUUUGUUCGUGCACUGGAGUCCUAAGGCAGUGCUACAAAUGGGGGAAUGGGGGUUGGCAGUCAUCAUGUUGCACAACCACCUUGUCAAUGUAUCCCCUACCAGCAGUUCCCAACAAGCGUCAUGCUCGAGUUGGUGGGCGGAAGAUGAGUGGAAGUGCCUUCAACAAGCUGCUUAGCAGGCUUGCCGCAGAAGGUCAUGAUCUGUCAAUUCCGGUUGAUCUCAAGGACCAUUGGGCCAAGCAUGGAACAAACCGCUAUAUCACCAUCAAGUAGACUGACUGCAAAGGAUCUCGAGUCAGAUGGAAGAAAACAGCCCAUGCUGGGUCAGGUAUUCAUCCUCAAUUCUUCCUUUAGUUGCGCCAUGAAAAGGUUAGAUGGUGAGGCAGUAUAUUGGUAGUUCUUCAUAGUUCCAGCCAUUUUAGCUUUUCUUGCAAUCCUAUGGACUCUUUUUUAUAGGCUGUCUUUUCUUCUUUCCAUCUUUUUGUGUCUGUAUUCAAGUGAUGAUUGAAAAAAGAUAGAAGGGAGAUCUGCCUCUCAUUCUCUUAGUUUACAGAAUUAAAUGUAGUGAACUUGAAACGUCCUUUAUCUUGUGACUGAAGAUAAUUGUAAAGCAAGGAUUGCAUUUCAUAGAGCUUUUUCUGUCCGUUUUGUACUAAUGGAUAGAAUUUAUCA